UUUGGCUGCAUUUAAAUUAUAGUUAAUAUAUAUACGCUUUUGUUGUAUUGUUUAUAUUGAUAGACGUUUAUGGGUGGUGCUUAAUUAAUAUAAAAUAUUAAAUAUAAAUGAUAUCGUAGCCGGCAAAAACAACGGGAAGUUAGCAAUGGUUUAAGAAAUGACAGGCGUAGCCUCGCUCCCGUAGCUUUGCAACUGGCGCGUCGUUUCCCACUUGCAAACGUGUUUAUUUUGUAAUUACAUUUGUAGUGUUUAAUUAUUUUUGUUUUCGGUUUUGUUGGCGCGCUGACAUGGGCACCCGUGUAUUCGUGGGUGGCUUGACAUAUAAGAUCCGCGAACGGGAUUUGGACAAGUUUUUCCGUAAAUACGGUCGGAUUAAAGAAGUUUCGAUGAAAAAUGGCUAUGCGUUCGUUGAAUUCGAGGACUACAGGGACGCCGAUGAUGCCGUUUACGAACUGAACGGCAGGGAGUUGAUGGGUGAACGUAUAACGGUGGAAAGGGCGAGGGGAACGCCGAGGGGCAGCGACCAGUGGAGAGGCAGAGGUUAUGGGCCGCCGCGAGGCAGAAACGACAAUCCAAGGGGCCGAGACAAAUACGGACCCCCUACCAGAACUGAAUACAGGGUCAUUGUUGAGAAUUUAUCAAGCAGGGUCAGUUGGCAGGACCUGAAGGACUAUAUGAGAAAGGCUGGUGAAGUUACUUAUGCUGAUGCACAUAAACAGUGCAUAAACGAAGGAGUCGUAGAGUUUGCGUCCUAUGCCGAUAUGAAGAACGCAAUCGAAAAAUUAGACGAUACGGAAAUAAAUGGUCGCCGAAUUCGAUUGACUGAAGAUAAACCAAGGGGUGGUAAAAGGUCCAGAUCUAGUAGUCAUAGUCGUUCCAGGUCGCGGUCACGCCGACCAUCUAGAUCACAUUCGAAAAGCAAUUCGAAAUCCCCAAAUCGGUUUAAAUCGCGUUCACAUUCCAAAGAGCCUUCUAAAUCUAGAUCGCGUUCAAGAUCCCAGAAUGGAUCUAGAUCACAUUCCAAAGAAAACAAUGAGCCUGUGAGGAGAUCACAAUCAAGAUCUGUGAGCCAGGAAAGAAGUUAGUCUAAAAGAAAUUCGAGUCCACAGAUUGAAAUUUAGAUUUAAUUUUUUAACUUUUUAAGUUUUUAUUAUGUUUACCUAAUAUGUACUUAUUCUUGUAGUACCUUCCUAAAAGUAAACAUCGAAUUUUCUCGGUAUUUACCACAUGCCAAGCAUGAAAUUUAUGAAAUUUAAUAAGCAAUAGCCUUUUAAAAAUGAGUUUGUUGUGCUAAUUCUAAGAAUGUUAUUUAAAAACUUAUUUGAUAAAAACAUGUCUUCUAUUAAAUAGUUUUAGUACCAUUUUUGUACUCUCAUUAUUUAUUUUGGUUAAUUGUUUUCAAUAUUUUUGUUGUAAUACAUACAAAGGUUAUUAUUUUAUGUAAUUUGUAUGUAUUUAAUAAAUGAUGUAUUAUGUAUUA